UUCUUAGAAUAGAAUAUGUCUAUUCAAACAUCAUUUUGGCAAUGGUGGCUAAUUUUCGGGAUUAUAUCGGUGUCAGCCAAAGAUGUUAGUCCACCACAUAUCGUUUUUAUAAUGGCUGAUGAUAUGGGCCACAAUGAUGUUUCAUAUCACGGCUCGGACCAAAUCUCCACACCAAACCUUGACGCGCUCGCCACUCGUGGUGUAAUUUUAAAACAGUACUACAGCGAAGCAAUAUGUACACCUGCUAGGGCUGCGCUACUCACAGGAAAAUACUCCAUGAGAACUGGCAUGCAGGGUGCUCCUAUGUACAACUCAGAAAAUCGAGGUAUUCCACUGACUGAGAAGCUGUUGCCGGCUUAUUUGAAGGAUAUAGGUUAUGAUACGCAUUUGGUUGGAAAAUGGCAUGUUGGAAUGGCGAGCAAACAAUUUUUGCCACAGUAUCGAGGUUAUGACAGUCAUUAUGGAAUGCGCGGAGGAUUCAUCGAUUAUUUGUCAUACCAAAGUGUGGAGAAGUGGCCUGACGGUACACUUAUGUUUGGUUUGGAUUUGUUUGACAACGAUAUACCUCAAAUCACUGAAGAGCGAUAUGUUGUGGACGCUCUAACAGACAGAAGUAUUGAAAUUAUAUUCGGCCAUAAUUCGUCCAAACCACUCUUUCUUCACUACACUACGUGUGCGCCACACGCGGGUAAUGCUGGCGGAGCAUUGCAACCACCUUUAUACAAAAAUCUUGGCAGCAGACACGUUGCUCACCCAGAUAGACGACUUUAUGCAGAGGUUGUGCGACAUCUUGACUACAGCGUCGGACGACUUGUCCAGGCGUUGGCUGAUAAAGGCAUGCUUCAUAAUACGUUUAUAGUUUUCGUAUCUGAUAAUGGUGCUCCCACUACAGGAUUGUUUGGUAAUUGGGGAGUCAAUUUGCCUUUUAGAGGCCAGAAACAAACUCCAUGGGAGGGAGGCGUAAGAGUUCCAGCAUUCAUUUGGCACGCGGGCUUGAAACCAAACGUUUGGGAUGGUCUUAUGCAUAUUUCUGAUUGGAUGCCAACAUUAGUCGCAGCUGCUGGCAGAAAGAUUAAUGAAAAAAUUGACGGAAUAAACCAAUGGCCUUCAAUAUUAAAAGGACAACAAUCUCCAAGAAAAGAAGUAUUGGUUGCUGUCGAAGAAAGAGAUAAUGGAUACGCUGCUUUACGCAUGGGUGAUUACAAACUAUUAAUUGGCAAUUUCACUGGACUUGGGAGCGCUUACUAUGGAGCUGAAUUCUUGGAAAAUAAAGAAACGCCGCCAGAUUUUUACGAAUCAUUGGCGUCGUCUGAAGUUGCUAAGGCCUUUUCAACUUUGGGAAUUACUUACGAUUAUGGGGACGUUAUUGCGACGAGGAUAGCGACGGUGGUGAAGCAAAUAGACACGGUUAUAGAUCAAGUACCUUGUAUACCAACAGCAAUUCGCGGUUGCCUCUACAACGUUAAAAAGGAUCCAGCAGAAAGUCACGACUUAUGGCUUCGAGGGCAGGAAAUCGUUUCCAUGAUGACUAUGCGCCUGCGUUCUCUCUGGUCUGAAAUAGUAAAACGAGGACCAACCGAAUUAAAUAUAGAGGCACAUCCAACUGGUCAUAACUAUAUUUGGUUGACGUGGCUCAACAAUGUCACCCAAGAGAGCCCUCUCAACGAGAAAUAAUUUUAUAUGGAUGCAACGCUGGUCAACGUCACCUGUGAAACUGAGAAUAGCGGGCGAAAUUUCUGGAGGAGUGUGCUUUAAUACUUGUAUCGAAAUUUGGAAUAACCUACGAUCCUACAAUCACGAAAAUAGUGGUCUUAAUAAUUUUUAUUUUUAUAGUAACUAAAAUCGAUAGCACUUAUCAAAGUACUUUAAAAAAUAAUGCCUUGUAAAUGUAAAUUUAAAUGUAAUGGUGCUCCCACAUUGCGGUUAGAAAAUGUUUAGUAACGUUAGCAAACAUUUAAUCACAAAUUUUUUCAUGUUAGAAAAUGUUUAGUAACAAGUUAACAAAUUUAAUCAAAACAAAUUAUAAUAGAAAAUAAAAUA